CGCGAAUAGGGUCUCGAAAUCGAAUUAUUAAGCGGCAAACAUAUGAUUUCCCACCAUUUACUUUUCAUCAAAGCGGGAAAUCGAUACCCUAGUUUUAUUUUCCAUUUUUCGUUUGCACCUCUUGAUAUACAACACUUGAUUACAAAACCCGAAAAUAAAGUAAGAAAGGGAAGAAAUACACUUGUUGAAAGCCUCAAGUCCUCAACAGUCGGCACAUUUACCCCACCCACGUAUCCUUUUACCCCUAUUCUUAAAAAAACCCAAAGAGAUUCACCAAAACUGGAACAUUUCAUCAGAAUCUUGGUUGGUUUGAGUUGAUUCGAGGCAAGAAAUUCUGGUAAAUGCGAUAGUUUGUGUGCAAGUGAAGUUUGAUCGGAAUCUGAAAUCUCUUUAGUUAAAUCGGAAGAGGGUUUUGAAAAUUAGGGUCUAGGGUUUGUCGAAAUGGGCGAUGCAAUGGUUGUUGACGUUCCAAAGAAAUCGACGAAGAGGAAGAGGGUUGAGUUAGUGAUGAGUACAGAAGAAAGAGAAGCACGCAUUGGGGCUUUACGUGGGGAACUUGAUAGUUUGUUCAAGUAUUAUAACGAGUCUUUUAGUCGGCACGCGCUAAUCGAUGUAGACUCAGUUAAGGCGAAUGGUUCGACUAAUUCGAUGAUUGCGUCUUUACUGGAAGAGAACAGUCUUCCAUUGUCAAAAUUGGUGGAAUCGAUUUUCUCUACACUGAAAGAGAAAGAGGGUUCGAUGACACCUGCUUCUGUGAAGAGCGCUGUGCUUCUUAUCGGCCAGAGAUCUUUCUAUGGGGUACAAAACCCAAAUGCGGAUGUAUUGGAAGACGACUCUUCUUCUUCCCUUUGGUGUUGGGAGACAAGAGACAUAAAAUUACUCCCGAAGUCAUUUCGUGGCGCGAUUAAAAUUCGGCGUACUUGUCGCAAAAAGAUCCACGAAAGGAUAACUGCUGUUUCUGAUGUUAUAACUGAGCUAAUGAAGCUAGAGAGCGCUUCAAAUGGUGUUCAGAAGGUUCUGAAAGCAUCUGAAAGGCUUGUUAAAGUGUUGAGUGAAGUGGAAAUACGUUCACUAGUUGAAAAAAUGGAACAGAAAAAUGGGGCUGACGUUGCUGAGAAGGAAGUGAAACGUGAAGAAAAACUAGUGGUGAAGCAAUUGGAGAAAAACAAACGUGAAGUUGAGAAAGAGAAAUUGAGAAUUGAGCGGGAACUUUUGAAGGAAAAGUUGCAAAAUGAGAAAGAAAUGAAACGUCUGCAAGAUGAGGCUGAAAAAGAAGAAAAACGCCGUGAAAUUGAAAUGAAAAAACAGUUAAAAAAACAACAAGAGGAAGCAGAAAAAGAACAAAAGCGCAAAGAGAAAGAAGAAGCUGAACAAAAAAAGCAACUUGCUUUACAAAAACAAGCAUCAAUCUUGGAAAGAUUCCUUAAAAAAAGCAAUGGAAACUCACCUAUGCAGGUUGACCAAUCACCAGUCAAAGAUACAGAAAGUUCACCUAAACAAAAAACACAUGUGCCUGAAUCAGUAGUUCAAUCAAUGGAUGAUGCCCUUUCACUAAAAAAAGAGUUUGAUGCAAAUGAGUUAUGGAAUGUGCAUUUGAGAUCUUGGCAUCAAUUAGUUCAUUGUGGUAGCAAAAAAAGGCAUUGGGGUAUGCGGUUGACUCCAAAGACUGUUGUGGUCAAAGAGCUGAAGUUGACCAAUAUCGAAAAACUAAUUGAUGGAUGGAAUGAAAAUAAAAAUGACUCAAAAGAUAAUUCAGUUAUUGAUAGCCAGAAGUUUACAAGAAGCAAACAGUUGUUACAGUUUGAUAAGAGUCACAGACCUGCAUUUUAUGGUUAUUGGCCUAAGAAAAGUGAAGUUGUUAAACCUCGUUGCCCUCUUGUUAAAGAUCCAGAGUUGGAUUAUGAGAUUGAUAGUGAUGAAGAAUGGGAAGAGGAGGAACCCGGUGAAAGCUUAUCAGAUUGUGAUAAGGAAGAAGAAGAAGAAAAUACAGAGGAAAAUUUGUCAAAAGCUGAUGAUGAAGAUGAAAGUGAGGAUGGGUUUUUUGUUCCUGAUGGAUAUCUUUCUGAAAAUGAGGGUGUUGAAGUUGAAAGAAUGGAUCACAGUGAGUUAGUUGAAGAAGCAAAUGGCUCACCAAGUUGUCCCCAAAUAGAAACCGAAGAGCUUUCUUUAUUUUUUAAGCAGCUAAAACAUCUUAACACUUUGACUGAACAUGCUCUGAAGAAAAACAGACCUUUUGUAGUUUCCAACUUAAUGCAUGAGAAGUCACAAUCACAGCCUCUCUCUUCUACCCCAGAAAGUGAACAAACAUGCUUACAAGCUUUGAGCAUUCGUGCUUUCCCUGUGGGCCCAUCUAUAGAUUUAGUAGCUCCCAAUGACAUUCAAGAAGAUGAAAAACAGAAACAAGAAGACUGUUCUUCAAGUAGCAAAGUUGGUGUUGUUCCAAUAGCAAGUGGAGCCACUAUUACUGAUUCAGACUUACCUGAAAUUGUAACUAUCAUUCAGUCUUGUCCACAUGGGAUCAAUGUAGUGGUGAAAAGUUUACGUGACAAGUUUCCAAAUGUUGCAAAGUCUCAGUUGAAAAGUAAAGUUCGUGAGAUAUCUAUUUUUUCAGACAACCGCUGGCAGGUCAAGAAAGAGAUAUUGGAGAAAUUUGGGUUAUCGCGUUCUCCAGAGAAAACUGUGAGGCGAACUAAGUCUAUAGCGGCUUUUUUCUCAAAAAGGUGUUUGCCUCCUGCUGGUAAAACAACGAACCCUAAUCAAGUCUCUCCACAGCCGAUGGAAAAAGCUCCACAAGCUGCUGCUUUUGAGAUACAGAAUCAGAACAAUACAUACACGAAUCAGUAGUUUUCUUGUUUUCACCUAGUUUUGGUGGUUUUUGGGUAAUCGAUUAUAAUAUAUGGAUUAUGGCCUAGUGAAUAUCUUCAUAAACCUUUGAUGUUUUUGGUCAACUCAUGUAGAAAAUCAGUUGUAUGGAUUAUUUCAUGUUUCAACUUUAUGCUCUAUAUCUUUUACAUUUGCA